AUGGGCAGGUGCAGGAGGUGGCGGUGGCCGGAGUUGGGCCGGCGGUAGCGGCGGGAGAGGAGGAGGCGGAGGAGGAGGGGGCUCGGACUCGGCCGUGGUUCGGGACAGCCGGGACACCGCAGCGCCUCCUCUCCGCUCCCUCGCCCCUCGGGGACGCUCCCCCUCGCGGCGCGGAGGGCGGCGGGCGCGGCGCGGCCAUGGCCGAGGAGCCCAGCGCGCUGCCCUGGUCCAUCAACAAGGAUGACUACGAGCUGCAGGAGGUCAUCGGGAGCGGAGCCACUGCGGUGGUGCAGGCAGCCUUCUGCGCUCCGAAGAAGGAGAAGGUGGCGAUUAAACGGAUCAAUCUUGAGAAGUGUCAGACGAGCAUGGAUGAACUCCUGAAAGAAAUUCAAGCCAUGAGUCAGUGCCAUCACCCCAACAUUGUAUCUUACUACACAUCGUUUGUGGUGAAAGAUGAGCUUUGGCUGGUGAUGAAGUUACUUAGUGGAGGCUCUGUUUUGGAUAUUAUCAAGCACAUUGUGGCCAAAGGAGAACACAAGACUGGUGUCCUGGAUGAAGCUUGUAUAGCCACAAUCCUUAAGGAGGUGCUGGAGGGACUGGACUACCUGCAUAAAAACGGGCAAAUCCACAGGGAUGUGAAAGCAGGAAAUAUUCUUCUUGGAGAAGAUGGCUCAGUGCAAAUUGCAGACUUUGGUGUUAGUGCAUUCCUGGCCACUGGUGGUGACAUUACCAGGAAUAAAGUCAGGAAAACCUUUGUGGGUACACCUUGCUGGAUGGCACCAGAAGUUAUGGAACAGGUCAGAGGAUAUGAUUUCAAGGCAGACAUCUGGAGCUUUGGGAUCACUGCUAUUGAGCUGGCCACAGGAGCAGCUCCUUACCAUAAAUACCCGCCGAUGAAGGUUUUGAUGCUGACACUACAAAAUGAUCCUCCAUCUUUGGAAACUGGUGUGCAAGAUAAGGAGAUGCUGAAGAAAUAUGGGAAAUCAUUUAGGAAGAUGAUUUCAUCGUGCCUACAAAAAGACCCUGAAAAAAGACCAACAGCAGCAGAACUCCUAAGACACAAAUUUUUCACAAAAGCAAAGAAUAAAGAGUUUUUACAAGAGAAGAUGUUGCAGAGAGCACCAACAAUCACUGAAAGAUCCAAAAAGGUCCGGAGAGUCCCAGGCUCCAGUGGGCGUCUUCAUAAGACUGAAGAUGGUGGCUGGGAAUGGAGUGAUGAUGAGCUUGAUGAGGAAAGUGAGGAAGGCAGAGCAGCAAUUUCACAGCUCAGGUCUCCCAGAGUGAAAGAACCUGUACAGAAUUCCGAGCUGUUUCCAUCAGCUGAGCCUCCAGGUCCUUCACUCAAUGCUCCAGCACAGGCACCUACUGAACUACCUCAGGCUGCAGGACAAGCACCUGCACAACCUCCAGCUGCUGUACCUCCACCCAGCCAGGCUCCUCCAGCAGCCCCAGCAGCCCCAGCAGCAGCCCCAGCAGCAGCCCCAGCAGCAGCCCAGGCCCCACCUACAGCCCCUGCUGCAGCUCCGGUACAGGAAGAUGUGAGAGUCCCCAUCAACCUUGUAUUAAGGUUAAGGAAUUCAAAUAAAGAGCUCCAUGAUAUUCGGUUUGAAUUCACCCCAGGGAAAGAUACUGCAGAUGGUGUGUCUCAGGAGCUGAUUUCAGCAGGUCUUGUUGAUGGCAGAGAUCUGGUAAUAGUUGCAGCUAAUUUGCAGAAAAUUGUGGAAGAGCCCCAGGCAAACAGAUCCAUCACUUUCAGACUGGCAUCUGGUGUCGACGGCUCAGAAAUUCCGGAUGAUGGCAAACUUAUAGGAUUUGCACAGCUCAGCAUCAGCUAAACAUUGGUCCCAGGAGAUGUUUCCCAACAGAGAACCCACAUGUGCAUAUUCGUAAUGCUUCUGUUAGCCUAAAAAAAAAACCACUACUGCCAAAGAAUUGAACUACAGCCCCCUUCCUAGAAGCUUUAACAUUUUCCUUAAUAGGAUCACAAACCUUCCUGAAAUUACCGAUGACGUUUACACCUUUUGUAAACAACUCUCAUGUUUUUGUAUCUGUCAUCUCAAACAUGCAGACCCAACACGU